AUGACUCCUCAAACAGCCAUCGAGGAGUUCAAUUCCCUACUCUCGUCCUCCUCGGUUCUCUUCGUCGUUUGUAAGUUGCGCCUCUUCUCAUCCCUCCUCUUUCUCUACCGUUCCACUCUACUGCCCUUCUGCCCUCCCAACUCGAGCUCAAGCCUCCCAGUUUACCGCGGACACUGGUGUCCGUUCUGCCGAGCCUACCUGCGUACCCUCCAAGGCCUCUCCCCAUCCAUCGCCUCCCUCGGCGGCAAAACCCUAAUCGUCACCUCUGAACCUGCUUCUUUCCUCCCUGAAACGCUCACACUCACCCGCUACUCCGGCGACGCUAUCGUUGAUACACAAAACACGCUCGUGGAAUUCGUGAAAGAACGGUACGGGCUUGAGAUUGCGGUGACCGAGAGGAAGGGCUAUGAGAAUGGGAUGGCACAGCCGGGGAUUCUGGUCUUGCGCGGGGGCAAGGCAGGAGAUAUGACGGGGGUAGUGGGAGCGGUACUGGAAAAAUGGGCGAUUGUUCCGAGUGCGAUGAAUCUUGGAGGAGCGAGUGAUCGGCCUGAUUUGGAGCAAGUUUGGGAAAACGUGAGGGCGAAAAUCGACGGAAAAGCAGUGGUGCAUAAUGGGUAUAAAAGGAUGGGCUUAUUAGGGUUGCUCUGGGGAAAGGUUUGGGGUUGA